CCCAGCGCUCGGACCAUGGUCUGGCGCCGCGCGGUGCUUGCGGGGACGCGGGUCGCCCGGAGCGGGAGCGGCUCGGCGGCCGCGAGGAUGGGGAACAGCAUGUCAUCGUCUCUGGGGAAACCGGCCGCUGCUCCUGUGACUCAGAUCCAAGAAACCAUUUCUGACAACUGCGUGGUGAUCUUCUCCAAGACGUCUUGUUCCUACUGUACGAUGGCGAAAAAGCUGUUCCGGGACAUGAACGUGGACUACACGGCCGUGGAGCUGGACACGCUCGAAUGUGGCAGCCAGUUCCAGGACGCGCUGCACAGGAUGACCGGCGAGAGGACCGUGCCGAGAAUAUUUGUCAAUGGGACUUUUAUUGGAGGUGCCACCGACACCCAUAGGCUUCACCAAGAAGGGAAGUUGCUUCCGCUGGUCCAUCAGUGCUAUUUAAAAAAAAGUGACAAGGAUUUUAGUGAUAGUAUGUGAGGAUGUUUAAAUAUGUGGAUAAUCUUCCUGAAAGAGUUGUUAAAAUAAUGAACAAUAAAUCGCUGUGGAAACCUCA